AAUAUGGCGACUUCUAGGCAGGUCGGCAGUAUGCUAGCUAUAUCCGCGAGAUUCUUGCGUCCCAGUCUGGAUGCCCUUUGGCACCAUGGUGCUGCUCACAGUCGAUGCCAGAGUUCUGGUUUUCAUUGGCUUUCACACAACACAGUGGUGAAGAGCAGAUUGCCUCAGCACUGCUUUGUCCCUGGGAGGAGCAUGUUUGUACAGACACAGGACACACCAAAUCCAAACAGCCUCAAGUUUCUGCCCGGACGUAUCGUUCUUGAAUCAGGAACUAUGGAUUUUUCCAGUCCCCGUGACGCAUACACCUCACCCUUAGCAAGACAGUUAUUUAGGAUUGAUGGUGUCAAGAGUGUCUUCCUGGGACCUGAUUUUAUCACCAUAACCAAGGCUGAUGAAAAUAUUGAAUGGAGAGUAAUGAAGCCUGAUGUUUUUGCGGCUAUUAUGGACUUUUUCACUUCUGGGCUCCCUGUCGUCAAUGAAGAUGCUAAACCGAGUGCAGACACAGCACCGUCGGAUGAUGAUGAUGAGGUAGUUGCGAUGAUAAAGGAACUGUUGGAUACCCGAAUAAGACCUACAGUGCAGGAAGACGGAGGAGAUGUUGUAUACCAUGGUUUUGAGGAUGGCGUGGUCAAGUUAAAGUUACAGGGAUCCUGCACAAGUUGUCCCAGCUCUAUUGUCACUUUGAAGAAUGGAAUCCAAAACAUGCUUCAGUUUUAUGUUCCUGAGGUUGAAUCUGUAGAACAGGUGAAGGAUGAGGAGGAGGAGGCUGCUCAUGUGUGA